AUGGCGGCCAAGGUUCCCAGGAACUUCAGGCUCCUUGAGGAGCUAGAGAAGGGCGAGAAGGGUCUCGGAGCAGAGGCUUGCUCCUACGGUCUUGAGGAUCCUGAGGAUCUUCUCAUGUCGAACUGGAAUGGCACGAUUCUCGGCCCCCCUCACAGUGUCCAUGAAAACCGUAUCUACUCCGUGAGGAUGCACUGCGGCCCCGCCUACCCUGACGAGCCCCCCACGAUCCAGUUCGUCAGCCAAAUCAACCUCCCAUGCGUCAAUCCUCGCAACGGUAUCGUCGACCCCAAGCAACUCCCCUGCCUCGCCAAUUGGCAGAGAAACCACACCAUGGAGACUGUCCUAAUAGAGUUGAGGAGAUACAUGGCUUCUCCUACGAAUAAGAAGAUCCCGCAACCCCCCGAGGGCGCUGUGUAUGAAAAUUCUUGA